UGUUUGCGGUGCCGCCCACCGGGGCGGCGGUUUCUCUCAACUUGAAAGGCCGCGGCCGCCUUUAAUGGCCAGCAAGUACGCGGAGUUACGCCCCCUACGCCUGCGGCCCGGUCGGCGCAGGGGCGGGGGGACAGAAUAGGCGGCGGCGCCCGCCGGCAGGGCACGUCGCUGCCUCCCCCCGCGGGGCCCGUGCUCCUCCCCGCGCCCCGGCUGCACGCUACGCUACAGUGCCGCGGCAGAGGCUGGUUUUACGACGGGCGCGCCCGCCGCCGCCCUAGUCGAAAGCUCGAAGGAGGGGGAGGGAGGAAGGAAUCCCCCUCUCGCUUUCGCAUCUUUAUUGCCGCUAGCCUUUCUGCGCUGUCUCCUCGGGAUCUGCGGGCUUCGUCCGGCCGCCCGCCCGUGUGGGUCGCUCUUGUUGGCGGGUUCUUCUCGCUUCGUCCGCCCCCCCGGUGGGAUUGCCGAGGUGUGGGGGCUGCUUGGGGGUGUACCGGUGGUGAGUUGUUGCCUUGUUGGUGAGCACUGCGAGGGAGCGCAGGACGGAGCUGGUGAUUAGAUUAGGCCGCCGGAUUAGAUUAGAGAUGACAUGCUGAUACCCCCUGCCUGAUCCUUCAGAGGGUGUCAUCAGAGCCCCCUCUGUGAUACAUUGUUUGGUAUAAAAUCAGUUUAAUAGAAGAUGCCAAGGUCUGAAUCAGACAGUGAUGAUAUUUUCUUUGACGCAUUUGAAAAUGUUCGGUCACCAAGGGAGCCUUCAUCCCCGGAGGAUUGCAGCACGAGCGAUGAUGUUUCAGUGCCAAGGAAGUUUGAGUAUGAGAUUUGGGCAAAUGAGCCAAUGAGUGUUCAAGAAAGGCGGCAAAGGUUCCUUAAGGGAAUGGGAUUAGAUGAAUUUGUUUCUACCAGGAUGGAUUCUUUUCAAUGCCAUGAGGAAAUCACAGCAGUUGAGUCUUUCACCGACACGGAGGAGAGAACUCUCAGUGGCCAUUCUUCCUUGGAUUCAUCUGUUUGUGACAAUGAAUUGGAAUUUGACGGUGCCUGUUGCAUAAGGGAUAUGGAUAGUGGAAAGAAAUAUGUAGUUCACAAUGGUGCACAUAGCAGUAUAACUAACAUGCUGAAGGAGGUUGGAUCAGAUAAGGUGAUGUCUCUUAUGGAGUUUGAGAGCCUGCUUGGCCUCUCCCGAUCUGUUCAAAAAUUGCUACGGAGAGGAUGUGGUAAUAGUCCUGCAAGAGAAACAAAAGGUGCUAAGAAAAAGGAUGUCAAAAGCUUAUGGAAGACAUUCAUGACAAAUAGAAGUUUUGGCGGCAUGUGCAAGUAUGACGUCCAUGUAAAAAACAGCACAACAGCUGUACCAACCAGAACAAGAGUUCAACAUCGGAAGAAAAAUUUUCUUGAAUUCUCUGCUGUCUACAUGGAUCAAGAAAUCAAAGCUCACAAGGGUUCAAUUAGGGUCAUGAAAUUCAGCCCAUCUGGCUUGUAUUUAGCAAGCGGUGGUGAGGAUUGUGUUGUACGAAUAUGGCAAAUCAUAGAAGUAGAAGCAUCUCCUAAGUUGUAUAAGGGAGAGGAUCCCUAUGAAAAGUUGGAGAAAGUCCAAGUCUUUAAGACAAAUAUAGGAAAGGGGCAGAAUCAUGGACUUGCAGUCAUACCCAAGAAGGCUUUUCGAAUUUCAGAGACUCCAUUACAUGAAUUUCAUGGACAUACAAGCGAUAUCCUCGACAUGACAUGGUCAAAAUCAGAUUAUCUCUUGACUUCGUCUAAAGAUAAGACAGUGCGCUUGUGGAAACCUGGCUGUGAUGGUUGUCUUGCAGUUUUCAAACACAAAGACUAUGUGACAUGUGUCCAAUUCAACCCUAUUGAUGAGAGAUACUUCAUCAGCGGUUCAUUAGAUGGUAAAGUGCGCAUUUGGGAUGUGUUGGAAAGGCGAGUAACUGACUGGGCUGAUACACGGAAUAUCAUAACUGCUUUGAGUUACCAACCAGAUGGAAAGGGUUUCAUUGUUGGCACGAUUGCAGGAGCAUGCCGCUUCUACAAUCAAUCAGCUCAAUAUCCCUUUCUAGGUGAAAACAUCCAACUAGAGAGAGAAUUAUUUGUGCAAGGGAAGAAAAAGUCAGCUUCCAGUCGAAUCAACAGUCUGAAGCUAUGUACAAGUGAUUCCAAUAGGAUUAUAAUCGCAUCAGCCGAUUCUAAAAUUCGAGUCGCCGAUGGAGAUACCAUCAAAAAAUUUGAAGGGCCAUGCAAGUCGAAGGCUCUAUCAUCACCGUCUCUAACUUCCGACGGCAGAUACCUUAUCUCUGCCGGCAAGGACUCCAAUGUCUACAUCUGGAACUAUGCCAACUCCGGAGAUGCCAAAUCAAUUCACUCUUGCGAGCUGUUCUUCUCCAAGGACUUGACCACCGCUGUGCCAUGGCCUAGUGUGCACCAGGACAGGCACACCAAGCCUCCCUGCCUGGCCGAGAAAUCCUCCAGCGCGCCCGCUCUGCGCCGGCACGGGGAGUCCCGGUCCCCCGGGCCGUGGCCCUUCGCCGACGGCACCAAGGGGUCGGCGACAUGGCCGGAGGAGAAGCUGCCCUCCGCCGCGAAGCCCGAGAGCGGCCCGCAGCUGGGCGCCUGCCUCUCCGCGAUCUCCGCCGCGUGGAGCACGGUCAUCGUGACCGCCAGCCGCGACGGCGUGAUCCGGUCUUUUCCCAACUACGGCCUGCCCGUGAGACUCUGAUAACUCCAGUCAGCGGAGCGCAGCCGUGGUUGGUGACUGAUAACCCCGCUACUAACACCUUGCAUUCUUUUCUUUUUUCGUCAGAGUACCUAGAAAUUCUUCUUUUUUUUUUUGUAACAUUUGUUCAGAUCGUGAACUUCUUACGAGGAAGAGACGAUCUGUUGUCGGUCCAAGUGCAAACGCUUGUGCUGCUUCCCCUAAUCUUUUUGCUGAAUGGUCUGUUAAGUGAACAGUAAGAAAAGAGUCAUUCAGUUAUUACCUGCAUCCGAGGUAUUCUUAA